ACAUUUAUCAAGAAGGCAAACAAUAUGAGCCGAAUGCAUCCAGUCCAAUUUGCUAUUGUAGCAAUUUCUACCCAUCUUUCCGAUCAUUGCUUCCAGUUCAUUACAACAACACCCGGAUUGUGGGAAUGGGCCGAGCAUGAUCUCAGUACAUCUGCAACACGCGAAAGCACCACGUCUAGGAUGCAGGCUUUUGUGACAGGUAGAUCAGUCGCGGGCCUUGCACGUCCCAAGAGACCAAAAGGUUCAACAGUAGAAGUGGAUAAAUUGAAGGUUCAUCUGAACAACAUCAUCAGAAAAGCUACCAACAAGCCGCAAGAAAUGUGGAAAUGGUCAAAUUGUGAAACUCGGCUUGCAGAUGAAGGCUUCAAUCUGAAAUACGAACCAUCCGACUCUGCGUACAAGUUGUGGAUCACCAAACCGAACUGUAGUCUCACUGAAGAGAAGGCUCGACGACUCAAUCUCGAUCUUAUUUCUCACCCGGUCUCUCUUAUCCCUAUUGAGAACUUUGUCCCUAAGUACCAGUCCGGUCAGAACAAGAAGCGAAAAAUCGAUUCAGAAUUUGAAAAGGAACAAGAUAUACAAGAUAUACUUGAGAAUGACAUUAGCUCUAAUGCCUAAUUUUCUCCUUCAACCUAUCAUCUCACUCAACUUGUUGUACAUGUGUCUAGAGUAGCAAACUCAUCUGUAGACUCGACUUUUUACCACCUAUGAGUACUCAUGAAAACAUUGGGAGAAUGAACUUGCGGACCUGAUUUUUUGACCGGAAUCUCAUGAAUCUCAUGAAGAUUCCGAUCUAUCCAUUCUUUAAUUAGUUGAUAUUCCAAAGAUAUCCGUCAGGAUGAAGAUACCAUAAAGGUGAUCGAUGCUAUUGUAAGACUGAAACAUUCUUUAGUUGUAUGACUUUCAUGGCCAGUCAAAAUUUACUCGCUUUGGAUACAGUGAAUGAUCUCAUUUCAAAUCAAAAUUUUCUUGUUCUAGAUACAAUGAAUGAUCUCCAUUUCAAAACUU